AUGCAGCCACCACCCAGAAAGGUUAAGGAGAGCCAGCAGGUGAAACUGGUCUUCUCAGAGCAGCUCAGCAAAUUGCAGGCCAAACAACACCAGGACAUUGAACUGCUGGAGGAGAUCAGGUCCUACAGUAAGCAACGAGCAGCUAUAGAGAAAGAGUAUGGUCAGGCUCUUCAGAGGUUAGCUACCCAGUACCAAAAAAAAGACUGGCAAAGAGGAAAUACAGAUGACACCACAUCUGGGGGUGCGUUUGCUGUAUGGCGGUCUGUAGUAGAUGCUUCAGCUAAGACUUCCACAUUUCGCCUUGCUGCUGUAGAGGAAUACCAUCAUCUGAUUACACAAGCCUCCAAAAGUCUCCACAAUGCAAAGGACAUACGAGCUAAGAGAGGCUUAGAACAGCUCCAGCAGGUACAGGGUGAAGUGGUGGAUGCUGUGCGGGAACUGCACAGGGUCAAGAAGAGCUACCACCAACUCAGUCAUAUCGCCAAUGUUGCCAGAGAGAAAGCCAUUGAUGGACAGACCAGAGCCAAAAAGAGUGAACAUGGGAUUUUCCAUUUUAAAACAGGACUUCAAAAAAUGUCUGCUAAGCUCACUGCCAGGCAGAAAGAGUGUGACGACCGUUUGACUGAAGCUCGUAAUGAGUAUCUACUGACAUUAGCCGCUGUGAACGCUCAUCAGAAACACUAUUACACUAAUGACUUAUCAUCUAUUAUGAAGCAUAUGGAUGGCCAUGUGUAUGAUGAUUUAAGACGGUAUUUCACCGUGCUCUGUGGGACAGAGAUGCACGCCUGUCUGGCCACACACAAACUGUACCAUGGCAUAUGGGACAGUGCUGCUAAGGUAACCAGAGAGAGAAAUGUUCAGCAGUUUCUGCAAGAAUCUAUUUCCUUCAGCAAAAUACCUGAAUUCACCUUCCACACUGCUCCACAUGACAAGGUGGUUGCUUUACAGGACUUAUCUACUUCAGAGGAGGAGGGCUGUCUGGUGAAGGAAGCCAAGAAAUUGGCUACCAAGGUUGCAAAGGACUACAAGAUCAUCACCCACGGAGAGAGGGCUUUACAGAUGUUAGAGAGUCGACUGAAGCUGUUGUCAGGGGAGACUGGCCUCAGUGUGGAGCAGAAGAUAGAUGAGGUACAGGACAGUGUCAGGAAAGCCAAGUUAAGUAAGGUGAAGGAAGAGGCUCGUUUCUCUCUGUUGUCAGAGAGCAUCCCAGGAACUGAACAGUGGCUUCACAAGGCUAUGGACCAGGCAGAGAAGGAGCUGGAGAGAGAGAGACACCUGAGUGAACAGAAAAAGUCUACUGAGGACUUUUCAGAGGAUGAGUUUAAGCUGACUGACUUUGAGGACUACAAGGAUGAGAAUGGUGACAUCUUUGCAGAUUCAGCGUCAGCAUCUGGAGGGUGUAUCUACCCUGCAGCCUGCAGAGUUAUCUACAGCUAUCAGGCUAGCCAGUCAGAUGAGUUGUCAGUUUCUGAAGGGGAGGAGCUUCAUGUGAUAGAGGAUGGAGAAGUGGAGGACUGGCUGAAGGUGUGCAACACAUGUGGUCAAGUGGGCUAUGUUCCUGAGCAUUAUGUGCAGGUUGUGUGUCUGCCAGCAGAGGGCACUGCUCAACUGAACCGUUCAUUCUCAUCCACCUCAUCCUCAAAGAAUAAAGAGAGGGCAGAGAGCAGAGGUGUAGCCAGAGCUCUGUACUCCUACCAGGCUCAGAGUGCAGAGGAGCUUUCGUUCCAGGAGGGCGCACUAAUCCGCCUGAUUUGCUGUCAACACGGAGAGGUGGAUGAUGGUUUUUGUGAGGGUGAGCUGAAUGGACAGAUCGGUCUCUUCCCAUCAUUGGUGGUGGAGGUUGCACAUGAGGAAGUAGAGGGGGAAGAGAAAAAGGAGGAGCUUCUUCCAAUUCCAACAGUGCCUCCCUUCUCACCCCCAAUCGCCAGCACUUCAGCUUCUCCCCUUAGUGGUAUUGAGGACAAACAAUGGACUAGUGAAAAAGUGUCAGUGCAGGCAGAGAUUAAAGCCAGCAGCCGCAGUGUUCCAGAGCUCUACAGCUGUCGAAUAAGACCAUGUCGGGAACCCCCUCCUCCUCCAACACAGAAACCUUCAACUCGAGCUUAAGGCUGGAGUCACCAUACAUUUCAAAGAAAUAUAUUUAACUACGAACUGUAAAUAAAGAUGGAAGAGGAACAUCCCCUCAAAAGUAAAGCCAAAACAAGGAGAGCAACUGCUGGUGUCUUGCUGCAGUGUAGGUCAUAAGUCUCGCCUCUUCCAUAUUGGGACAUUGACAGGACUGGGGUCAAACUAAAACACUGAAGUACACGUCGGAUACAUUUUUUUUCACCUACAAUUUCUGUCACGGUUCUGUGGUUCUGCAGUUACACUCUCUGGCCAAAAAAAAGUCUCCACCAAAACGCCACUACUCACACUAAUAUUUCGGUGGAUCACCUUUAGACUUAGACUUAGAUUUUAAUGAUCCACGAAGGAAAUUAUGUCAUCACCGUAGCUUUGUUGUACAUAAAAUUAAACACUUUUCAAAAAAAACACAAGAAAGAUUAAAUAAGAUUAUAUUAAAACAAAAUAAAAACAAUCAUCUAGUAAAAUAAACAGUAUAAACAAGAAAAUUUACAGAAUUAGCAUUAUGAACGUGUCUCUCGUUGUCUCUGAGGGAGGGAUGCAAACGCCAACGGAGUGUGUCAACCCACUUACUUACAGCGUUUCUAUAAGCUUAUGCAUGUCAAUACAUUUAUUUCCAUCCAGUGUUGUAUUAAUUUUUCACCAAGACCUUGAACUGAUGAUGGGAGAGUCUGACCACUGCACACGCCAUGACCACAUGACCUUUUGCCGUCCACUAAUUAGCUUCAAUUCAAUUCAAUUAAGUUUUAUUUAUAUAGCGCCAAUAACAAUACAAAUCAUCUCAAGAGGCUUCACAAAAACCAGCCUGCAACCUCCAGAGCAGCCUGAGGGCAAC